ACAAACGGACAUCAGUCGACGGAAUUUAAUUCAAAUCAAACGACAAUGAAGACGUUUUUAUUUACGGUGUGCGUUAUUGGGUUGUGCGCAUUCGCGAUAGCUGCGAACGAGCCCCAAGAAAAUAUAUCUAAAGAAACCAAAAACCACUUCAAAAGAGGCAUUAUCGAUACCGGGUAUGGAUACGGUUCGGAUUUCGAUGUACACAAGUCAACCAAUAACUACGACCAUACACACCAAGUUCACCACGAACAACAAGUGCUGUCUAAGACUAUCAUAAAGGAGGUCGCCCAACCAUACCCAGUCGAGGUCGAGAAACACGUACCGUACCCGGUAAAGGUCGAAGUACCCGUCGACCGCCCAUAUCCCGUACAUGUGCCCAAACCGUAUCCAGUGCACGUCGACAAGCCCGUCCCGUACGAGGUCAAAGUCAACGUGCCACAACCCUAUACUGUGUACAAGCAAGUCCCGUACGAAGUCAAAUAUCCAGUCGACAAACCGUACACAGUUCACGUACCCAAACCAUACACCGUUUUCGUCGAGAAACGCGUACCUUACGAAGUCGUCAAGCACGUCCCGUAUCCCGUUAAGGUGUUUGUCGAUAAGCCGUACACCGUGCAAGUGCCCGUCGACAAACACGUCCCGUACACUGUUGAAAAACCCGUACCCUAUCCGGUUAAUGUACCAGUAGACCGCCCGUACCCGGUGACCGUUGAGAAGCACGUGCCGUAUCCCGUCGAAAAACCAGUACCGUACACAGUCGAGAAACCCGUGCCUUACCCCGUCAAAGUUCCCGUCAAAGUCGAGGUGCCAGUGGCGUACAAAGAAAAUGAACAUGAAGAAAAAUACUAUCCGGAGACAAAAUAUGAGGGAGAACAACCGCAGUAUUCCAACGAACAAAACGAACACGACAGUUAUUAAUAAACGUAUUAUUUUAUUCUAGUCAUAACUAAUGUUACAUUUUUGAUUGCAUAAAUUGUAACUCGAGUCAUUUAAUAUAUAUGUCCAUCAUUAAAAUAUGUUAGUCUAAUUUGAAUAUCAUUUAUUAUUAUGUACAUAGAUACAAAUAUAAUAUAAAUAAAGACUUUUUUUUAUAACA